AGUGCUGUUGGAAGGACAGAAACGACCAGGUCAGCGUCAGGGGGGAGCGGGUGGUAUUAUUGCUCCAGGGGUAGCUCCGGGCCCCUGGGAUGACAGCGGGCUCUCCUUCUGGCAGAUGGCUGACGCAAAUCGUCCGGACGUGCCAGAGCGUGAAUCUGGGGGGGGACCUGGGCCCCCAAAGCCCCAGUGGCAGUCUCAAUAUCAUAAGUGGAAAUGCUGGUCGUAAUCUGAAGGAGUGGCUGAAGGAGCAGUUCUGUGAUCAGCCAAUCGAGAACUGUCAGGACACCCGACUGCACGACGCUGCCUACGUGGGAGACCUGCCAACCAUUCAAAAGCUGCUGCAGGAAGAUAGCUUCCAAAGUCGCAUCAAUGAGAAAUCAGUGUGGUCUUGUGGUUGGCUGCCUUGUACACCCCUGCGGAUUGCUGCCACAGGCGGACAUGGACACUGUGUGAACUUCCUUAUUCAGAAAGGGGCCGAAAUCGAUCUUGUAGAUGUGAAGGGACAGACUGCGCUCUAUGUAGCUGUAGUGCAUGGCCAUCUCGAAUGUGUACGCAUCCUUCUGGAAGCUGGAGCUGACCCCAAUGGGAGCCAUCACCACCGCAGCACACCUGUGUACCAUGCUGCCCGUGUGGGAAGAGCUGACAUCUUGAGAGAACUAAUUAAAUAUGGUGCCAAUGUGGAUGUAAAUCACCAUGUGACCUCAGCAACCCCCAGCCCUUCAUUCAAAACAUUGACAUGCCUGGUGGUUUGCCCUUUGUAUAUUAGUGCAGCCUAUCACAACCUACAGUGCUUCAAGGGGCUGCUGGAAGCUGGAGCCAACCCAGAUUUCAAUUGCUGUGGUCCAGUAGACAUCCAGAACUUUUCCAGAGGCUCUGCAGUGUGCAUUAUGGAUGCUGUCUUACGACAUGGUUGUGACAAGGCCUUUGUCAGCCUCUUGAUUGACUUUGGUGCCAACCUGAAUCUGGUGAAAUUGGAGACCCUUGAAGAAGGAGCUGCAGGAAGGAUUAGAGUGAACUCAGAAGGCAUGCAGUUGUUCAAAGAAGCCAGGAGCUGUCCCAGAAGUUUGAUGUCUUUGUGCCGUGUGGCAGUGCGGAGAGGUCUUGGCAAAUGCCGCAUGCAUCUAAUAUCUGCUCUUCCUGUUCCAGACUCUAUUAAGAAAUUUUUACUUCAUCAACAGUGAGAUCCACAUUGCCACUUGGCAGGACAGUUUUCUUCUUUGCUUUGUAAAAAAAGUGAGCUGCUGAAAAUGGGAAGCUUUCUAGUGCUGUUCAACAGUACACAGUAUUUGGCUAAUAUGUUAUGAUCACUACUUAAUCUUUUCAGUUUGCACAGUGGAUUUCAGCAAUGUUAUAUCCUGCCAAAUCUGAUAUGAUAAUUUCCUAAGAAAGGCAACCGGGUAAUUUAGUGUUGACUUGUAUUUAUUCAUUUUUAUUUAUUUUAAAACAUUGAGCUUGCAAUUCUUUGGCAGGGCAAAUUACUGUAUUAUACAGUGGAAAGGAGUGGGGAGAGAAAAGGCAAGUGUGGUAAUCAAGUGACUAAGGGUGAAUGAAAUUGUUUAUGUGAAUCUGCCUGAGCUGGAAGAAGUGUGCUUGCAUACCAAAGCUUAUACCUUGAAUAAAACUUUGUUGGUCUUAAAGGUGCCAUUGGACUCAAACUUUGUUUAGAAUGAAAAUAAACUGUUGAAAGGUCUGUUGAGCGAACAAUACACUUUAUAACUUAAACAAAUAAAAACAAUAUUUGAAUAUCUUUUAAAAUCGCUAUCACAAAUCUUUUCCCCUCCGGGAAUUACUGCUCACAUAGGGACAAGGCAUCAGCUUGGAGACCCUUGAAGAAGGAGCUCCAGGAAGGAUUAGAGUGAACUCAGAACACAUGCAGUUGUUCAAAGAAGCCAGAAGCUGUCCCAGCCAAACUAAACAUUAAUAGAGGAGGUGGAACUAUAACUCCCAAGAUGCAAUGCGAUCGGAGAUGACUCUUGCGCCAAGGGGAAUUAAUACGCUGCGACUCCCAUCAUGCUGAGGGAGAGUUAUCCGUUGAACUACAGCUCCCAUCACUCAUCGCGCAUCGUUCAGACAUCAGUAGAAAAGAGUAAGAGUCCAGUAGCACCUUAAAGACUAACAGAAGUUGUAGAUAGGGUAUAAGCUUUCGUGACUCAGUGCUCAUUUUUUCGGAUACCAGACAGUGUAAUUGACAGGCACUCGACCUUAGGCUUUUUACAUCAUCAAAAGGCAGGGAGCGGAAACAACGUACUGGUGGCGCCUGCGUACCACUAAAGAGUGACGGACGAUGGUUGCUGGAGUUUGCCGUAGCCAUGUCAAACAAAGAAGUUAAAGCAGCUUUGAAAAGUGCCAGAGAUGCAAUAAGAAAUAAA